AGAAGAAGAAAACGGAAGCGCGAUUGCGCACGCAUCUCCGAUUUGAGACAUGGUGGCAUUUAUCAACAUCGUUUGCCUUAAAUAGAUCUCUUACAAAUGUCGAAUUGGUCCAAUAUCAACAUUUGCCAUAGCGUGAGAACUGGAAAUAUACUGAUUAUUUAUUGCUCAUUGGCAAGCAAAAAUUGUUUAAACAUAUUUACUUUGUCACGGCGAAUAAAUACUGGGCUGGACAGGAUGGCGAGCUGCAAUUUUCAGGAGCAGUUUGUAUCCAUUAUGGAGGUAUUGGCUAAAGCAGCUGUAGCAGAAAUAAACAAACGUGUAGAUGAUAGCUGUGCUGUUAUACGUUUGGAAAUGACCCAAAGCCAGCGAGAUAUUGAUGUACUGAAAAGAAAGUGUCAAAUUAUGGAGAGCGAGUUGAAGAAGACGCGUAGACGAAAGGGUAGGUUUUUACUCCAUGGCAUCAGAGAGAUCUCCAUAUCCAGUCAAGAUUGUUUUGAACAAGCAGAGGAGUAGCUCACAGUGGAGAGACAGCGAGAUGUCUGUUGAAGGGGACUCUCAACCCCAUCCUACUGAUGUGGAGCAGAGAGUGGAGACUGAACCCAUACUGAUCAAAGAUGAGGAGACAGCAGAGGACAUGUGGAAGGCUGACCCUCAGGAAGAGCUCAGGAUCACUGGAGAGGAGUCUGGUUCCAAGCCUCGGAUACCACCAUCCUUUGAGCAACGGCACUGUGGCGAGGACUUCAUCACAGAACCCAAUAUAUCUCCCAGAGACUCAGUGGAACAUUACACCAAUUCUGAUUGUCCAGAGGAACCAGGAACACCCAGGCUCGCAUCUACAGAGGUGUUCAGUACAGAGCAGCACCGGCCAGACGAGGACGACGACUCACUAGACCUAGUGAUGGUGAAGGAUGAGAAAGAGGAGGAGUUAGAUCAGACCACGGCCCUGGCAGGACCUGACCAGUUUGUCAUAGAUGAGUCUGAUGGGCAGCUGUGGACCUCUGUGGAUCCAGGCAGAGACACUGACCCUGUCUGCCACCCAGAUUUCUCCUUUCAUUCCACAGAAGAGUACUCUCAGAAUAUCUCAAUAUUCCCAUCUCAUAGUGGGCUGCCAUCUUUUCCUACUAUGACAGAUGAAGUUGGGCCAUCGCUUCACUCUUCUAUAUGGAAACCACAUGCUAACAUGUUCAGUGCAGCAAAACACAUGACCAGACAUGUCAGGACAUUGGCUGAUGAGACUAGACAACAGAUGCCAGAGGGACAGAGCAGUGAAAGGCUGAACUCAAAUAAUGAUGGUAAUAGUUUAGCUCUACAGUCAAGGCAGCAUCAGUACAGGGCUUCAGAAGCAACAGUGAGAUUGAGUGAGUGCAUGACAGGGUCAAACAUGGCCACCACCUCCACCUUCUCUGGAUACAGCCUGAGUCGCAGUAGUUUUAACAUGGUGAAGAGAAUGAGGACUCAGUGGAGUUCUGGCAGCACCACCGAGAGGCGUUUCAGCUGCACCUUCUGUGGUAAGAGCUUCCCACGUUUCUGGCAGCUCAAAGAACACCUCCGGAGUCACACUGGAGAGAAACCGUACACCUGUGAACAGUGUGGCAGGAGUUUCACCAAGCAGUGCAACCUGAUCAGACAUGCUGUGGUCCAUAGUGGAGAGAAGCCCUACAAGUGCACACAGUGUGGGAAAUGCUUCACUCAGCGCUCCAGCAUGAAGUCACAUCAGAGAACUCACAUAGACGAUAGUCCAGUGUCUCAAUAUGUGGCACCCACAUACCCUGGGGAUCCACACACGUUUAAUGUUGUCUCAGACCAGAUGGAACAAAUAGGAACAUAAUUGCAUUAUGCUUCGGAAACAAUUUCAACGUCAAUCAACCCUACUCGCUAUCUUCUACACUAUCUGAUGUGCUUUCUUUUUGUAUCUAAUACCUCUACUGAUACACUCCCUAUGUAUUUAUUUGGACAGUGAAGCUACAACUUUUAAUUUGGCUUUAUACUCCAGGAUUUUGGAUUUGAGAUCAAAUGUUUUUCAUGAGGCGACAGUACAGAAUGUCACCUUUUAUUUGAGGGUAUUUUCAUACAUCUGUUUUACCAUUUAGAAAUGUAGGCCCUUUAUGUAUCUAGUUCCCCCAUUUGAAGGUGGCAUAAGUAUUUGGACAAUUUCACUUAGUGUAUAAAAAUCUGUCAGAAGUUUAGUACUUUGCCCCUUAUUCUUAGCACCUAAUGACUACAUCAAACUUGUGACUCUACAAACUUGUUGGAUGCAUUUGCAGUUAGUUUUGUUUGUGUUCUGGAUUACAGUGCGUCAUUUUGGAGUCACUUUUAUUGUAAAUUAAGUAUUGAAUUUGUUUCUGAACCCUUCUACAUUUUAAACCCUACCAUGACUACGGGUAAUCAUAAAUUGAUCUUGAAUAAUGAUGAGUGAGAAAGUUACAGAGAUAAAUAUCAUGCCCCCCAAAAAAUGCUAACCUCCCUUGUUACUAUUAAUGGUGAAAGGUUAGCAUGUUUUGGGGGCAUGAUCUUUGUACAUCUGUCACUUUCUCACUUGUUAUUCACAAAUUCAUUCAUGAUUAUCUGUAAUCAUGGUAGCCACCACAUGAAUGUAGAAGUGUUCACAUUCUAUUCUUAUUUACAAUAAAAGUGACUCCAAAAUGACACUACAUUAUUUACCAUUAAUUUCUAUUGGGCACAAAAUAAUCUGAAACACAACUAAAACAAACUACAAAUGAAUCCAGCAAGUUUGUAGAGUCAUGAGCUUGAUGUAGUCAUUGCGUGCUAGGAAUAUGGGCCAAAUACUAAACUUUUGACUAAAUUUAAUACUAAUGACACCUUCAAAUGGGGGGGAGUAGAUGCAUUAAGUGCAUUAAUUUCUAAAAUGUAAAACAAAUGUAUAAAAAUACCCCCAAAGUAAAGGGUGACAUUCUGUUAUGUCGCCUCAUAAGACAUUUGAUCUCAAAUUCAAAAUGCUGGAUUAUAGAGCCAAAUGAAAAAUAUUUACUUCACUGUCCAAAUAAAUACGUCGGGAGUGUAUAUGCCUUAAAAACAUUGAGAAGAACCUCUGAAUGUUAAUUAGCUAUAACACAUGUAGUAUACAAUAGUUAUUGGAAAUAUGUAAUGAAAUUCAGUUUAUUUGAAGUUUACAUGAAACUGGUUUCAUCGUCCAUGUUCCCCAGCUAUGUGUCAAACAAAUAUAUCCCUUUUCCUUGAUUAAAUACCAUACCACAUCUUCA